AUGAACCCGAGGCUGCGAUCUUGUCUGCUUUCCGCGUCCGUCUUGGCGCUGUUCAUCGCCAGCGCGUCUGCGCUGAGCGUCAACAAGCGAUUCAUUGGCGAUGAGGCCAACUUCGAUACAGUCGAAGCCUGCCAGGUGACGGAGCUACCGAUCCGCGGCGCAGAGUACGAAGCCGUGUGCGGAGAUAAGAGCGACCCAAAGCAUCCAUGCUUCACGCACUGGCACGGCGAUCUGACGUCGGUGCACAUCGCUCCAUUCCUAGAGCCCAUCGACAACAUCCAAGACGGACUCGCGAUCAAAGACGACAACAACUUUACGGACUUUUCGAUCAAGGACCCUUCCGUCUCGUACGUGAUCACCUACGUGGGACUGGGUGAGGUGCAGUUCAUAUACUCGAACUACGAUCCGAAGACGGGGUGCUACGACAUCGCGCUCAGGCGCGGCGGCCGCCAGCAAUGGAGGAUCCGGUUCUCGAACGACGUUGGAGACGGCUGGGACCUGGACACGAAGAACUACGAUUACACUUGGGGCCGGUUCUGCACAAAGUGGGGGCACAUCCGCGUUGGCUAUUCCGACUAUCUCGAAUGGGCUCUCUAG